AUGGAGGCCUUCACGGUCGCGGGGUCCGCUCUGCGCCAUGCCGGUGCGACUCCCGCCGCAGCCCCUGCGCCCGCAGCCGAGGCGCCGCUCGGAGCAGGCCUCGUCGCGGCCCCCGCGCCGCCCAGCAGCGCCUCCGUGGCCGCCGCGAUGGCCGCUGCCGGCUCGGCCGUCCUGGCGGCGGGGCGGCGCACGCGCAAGACGCAGCGCGAGAGGCGCCUCGCGCGCCAGGCGGCGCCCCCCCGCCCGGCCGCGGCGGCGGCAUUCUGCGGGAGCCGCGCAGCGGCCCCCGCGGAGGUGUGCACCAGCCUGCGUGCCGAGACGUCCGUGGAGGACGGGGGCAAGGCCGCGGAGGGCGCACCAGCGUCGGCAGCCAUCGCAGACGUCGUGGGCUGGUACAACCUGCAGUGGAAGGGAGGCGCCUUCGAGGUCUGUUUCCGACCGGUAGGCACGUUCUUCUGCCCCAAGUUCCAGGCGCCGGCUACCUGGCAGAUGGAGGGAAACGUGAUCAGAGUGGACUGGUCAAAGUUUGGGAAGUAUCAGCUCACCUUCGACCCCGCGUCGAAGCACAUGGAGGGCCAUGCCGUACCAGAAAACAAAGGGGACGAUAAUAAUUGGAGGAAGGCCGACUUCGUGCGUCCACUGAGCGCGGAGGAGUUGGCACUGAUCGGCGACGGCGCAGGCUCAGAGUGGAACUUCGAGUGGAGCGGGGGCAAAUUCCCGGUGCAGUUUAAGGCCGACGGAUACAAUCAUUUCAAGUGCGAUGAUUUCCCAGCGCACGCGCAUUGGGACUGGGACCAGCAGAAGGAGUUGGUCACGAUCCAUUGGGGCCAGUACGGAACCUACGAGAUGAAGAUCAACGGCGUGGAGAAGACCAUGGAGGGAGCUGCCAAGGGGAAGCCCGAGGAGUGGCGGAAAGCCAAGCUCUUGAGAAACUUGACUGGCAACAAGGCGGUGGAGCACUGCGAGCACCACUGA